UCACGAUCACCGCAUCCAUUUACCGGUUACGGGGGAAAAGGACCGAUGGAGAUAUAAGGACCGUUCAACAAGAGAUACGAACUCAUUUUCCUCCCUCAACCUCAACACAUUCCUGCCCUUCACCUUCGUCUCGCUCCCAUCCGCCUUACCAGACUCUCGCCGGCCGAGAACAGUUUCCCACCUUCCACACUCGCGGGUCGGGUUCGCAUUUUUACCCUUUAUUGUCUUCAUUCUGGUUCCGUUGCCUCGGGUUUGAUAAGUCAACAUGUCGCUCCACCCAGCUCAGUUUGGCCUUCCUUGCACCAAGGGAUUCAUGGACCAGUACGAUGAAGAUCAGAGUUCCACGUGGAUUAGGGAUCUCCGUGGCUUUGAGGAGAGGCCGAAGUGGCGAGAGCUAUACGACAUCGGCAUGGAAUGCUACCAGUGGCUCGUGGCUGACCCCGACCGAAGAAGACAUUCCCUAACGAAAAGCAAUAGCCGUCUCGUUGCUGUGGGUUGUUACCAGGAAGACUACGCCGGGACCAAAAUUUGGUAUGUUUUCUGUGGUACUAUUCCCAGAGGAAAAAUGCGCGAUAGUAUGGUGGAUUACGGUCCGUCUGUCGCGAAAUACUGGUACAAAGCGGCGUCCAGGUUUGGCAAGCUCCCUCUUCCGGCACUUCAUGCUGAGGACACUGUUUUGGUUCGCAUGAACACAGUAAUGAUGACUCUAAAGGUGCGGGGGGACCAGGGGGCUGAGGCGAUCCGUCUUCUCGUUCUUGGGACCUUUAACAACGGCCCCCCAAGGCUACAGGCCCUCUGCGAUAAGGACAGGACACCUUGCUGCGAAGAGGUUGCAAAAACACUUUCAGUGAAGUUUUUCCCUUAUGGUACAGCAGUUAAUGCUAUGGACAUUCUCGACAAUCACCAACAGCAGCAACCGCAGCAACAGCAACAGCAGCAGCAACAGCAGCAGCAACAGCAGCAGCAACAGCAACAGCAACAGCAGCAGCAACACGCACCCGCCCAACCCGGCCCAGCCGGCGGCGGCACCGGACCCAUCCAAGGGGGUUCGAACGCGGCCUACUUUUCCCGCGGUGGCGGCCUGGGGGGCAUGUCGUCCCACACGCGCGGCGCCACGCCGCGGCCCCCUCGCGGCGGCCCCCAGUCCCGCAACCAGGGCUCCGCGUCGGCCGCCCCGUUCGACAUCGCCGCCGGCAUGUCGGCCCUCAGCAUGGGCGGCCCCGACAGGCGCCCCGGCGGCGCUGCCAGUGCGCGGGGCCGAGGCGGGGCCCGAGGCGGUGGCCCCGCGCGGGAGGCGAGACCGGCCGUGAAGGAAGAUCCCCGGAAGCCGGCGGGCCGGGGCGGUCGGGGUCGUUGAGGGUGUUGCUAUGAGCGG